CACAACUACAACCGAUGACAAGAAAACAGUUGUGGGGUUUUUUGGAUGGAAAGAAAUGUUUUUAUGUUUUCCACAACAGGAUGUCAGUAUCCAACUGGUCAGUACUUUACCCAGCCGUGUUUCAAACAAUGGCAGGUGGUCUUUGCCUACUACCUCUUCCUGGGAUUCCUCUUUAACACAAGGAACAAGAACAGGCGGGCUCCGUAUCAGUACGACGCAUUCAUCUCCUACAACAUCCAUGAUGAGCCCUGGGUCCUCAGAGAGCUGCUCCCCAUGCUGGAGGGGGAGCAGGGCUGGAGACUGUGCCUGCACCACCGAGACUUCCAGCCAGGUAAGCCCAUUGUGGACAACAUCACAGAUGCAAUCUAUGGGAGCAGAAAGACAAUCUGUGUGAUCAGUCACCGCUAUCUUGAGAGUGACUGGUGUUCCAGAGAGAUCCAGGCAGCCAGUUUCCGUCUGUUUGAUGAGCAGAAGGAUGUUCUCAUCCUGGUGUUCCUAGAGGAGAUCCCGGCCCAGCAGCUGUCGCCUUACUACCGUAUGAGGAGGCUGUUGAAGAGACGCACCUAUCUGAGCUGGUCCCGGGCCGGCCAGCACACAGCACUGUUCUGGGAGAAACUCCGGCAGGCGCUGGAGACAGAGGAGAAACCCAGCGGGGACCAGUUCCUGUCGCUGGUGGAGAGACAGCCAAUACAGCCAGUGGUGUGA